UGAUGCCUUCAAAGCCUGUCGGAGUCUGCUGGGGGAAGUAUGACUCUCUGUGUGCUGUGGUUCAUUACUGCUGCUUUUGCAUUUGUUCAUUUAUCACCUUUAAUUUCGCUGGAAGAGGAAAGUCUCUUCACGCAGUGGAUAAAUCAGCACAAUAAGGUUUAUAGCACGGAGGAGUUCUACCAUCGACUGCAUGUAUUCACUCAGAAUAAGAGACUAAUUGAUCAUCAUAAUGCUGGAAAUCACUCCUUCACAAUGGGCCUGAACCAGUUUUCAGAUAUGACAUUUGAGGAGUUCAGAAAGUUCUACCUUUUGACGGAACCUCAGAACUGUUCUGCCACUGAAGGGAGUCAUGUCAGCAGCACUGGUCCGUAUCCCAAAUUCAUAGACUGGAGGAUGAAGGGAAACUUUGUGACUCCUGUGAAGAACCAGGGCUACUGUGGCAGCUGCUGGACCUUCUCCGCCACGGGCUGCCUGGAGUCAGUCAACGCUAUUGCUUCUGGGAAGCUCAUAUCUCUGUCUGAGCAGCAGCUGAUAGACUGUGCCAGAGACUUCAACACGUUUGGAUGUAUGGGGGGGCUUCCAAGCAAUGCCUUUGAAUACAUCAAAUAUAAUAAAGGGCUAAUGACAGAGGAGGACUAUCCCUACAAAGGACAUGAUGAUAAGUGCAACUUUGACCCUGCAUCUGCAGCAGCAUUUGUUGAAGAUGUUGUGAACAUAACAAUUUAUGAUGAGGAAGCCAUGGUUGACGCUGUGGCUCGUCUCAAUCCCAUCACCUUCAGCUUUGACGUCACCGCUGAUUUUAUGCACUACAGAGAAGGUGUUUUCUCCAGCACCCAUUGUAAGAGCACAGCAGACAGCGUGAAUCAUGCAGUCCUGGCUGUGGGUUACGGUGCAGAAGAAAAUGGCACGCUGUAUUGGAUUGUGAAGAACUCUUGGGGCACGGCCUGGGGAAAGGAUGGAUAUUUUUUGAUAGAGCGUGGACGAAACAUGUGUGGACUGGCUGCAUGCUCAUCCUACCCUCUACCUCUAGUCUGAGAAGCAAUGCAUCAGCGAAGGACAAGCAGUCAGAAGGUGUCACUCCGAUGCCGCUCUGAGAGACAGUGAACUCCUGAUUACAGAAUAAAACAUCAAGAACGGUCACAAGAAUAACAAGCAUGAAGCAUCAAUGCUUAACGCAGGUUUGCACGAGAUAGAGGGCUGUGCUUUUCACAUGAAUACAGACACAGCUGUUUUCUUUGUAGCCACAUUCUUGUUAGUUAUGGUUCUUCAGUGGCUCAUGAAUGCACUAGUAAUGAUUUCAUUACACUUGAGGUUUUAUUCAUUGCUAGUUCAACUUCCCCCAGAAAGCAGGCUAAUAAGAUCGGGUAAUGAAGUUUAUGUAAUUUGGAUUUUCGAUUGAGGAUUUUGUGUGUCUAUCGUUGCAAAAUACCCCUGGUACUUGGUUCAGUCUGUCUCAUAAAAUUAUGUCUUAUUUCUGGCAGAUAUUUAAAAAUAUAGGUAAAUUAAAGUCCAAUUUUCCAUAUGAAGAUGGCCACAUAGAAAACUUUAAUAUGAAUAUAAUUUUUAUUUAAAAUGUUACGCUAAAUGGUCUGAUAAACUUGUGCUUCCUCUCUACAUUAUUUCUACUGUUAAUCAUCGUGAUGAGUUUUUGGUCUUUUCUUCAAGUUUUCAUUCAUGGGCGAUGAUUUUUUUCAUUUUGUCUGAAAGUUAUUUAAUGCAAUUUUGAAGAUCCUGAUUUUAGUUUAUUUUCUGUGACGUGUGUAUUCUUUCUUUUUGUUAAAUUUAGAUGUCUUUUCGACCUGAGU